GGAAGCGUUAGGGGAGGGGUGUACGCUGAAUUCUGGUCGGAAGGGGGGCAAACCGGCGGGCCGGCUUUGAGGGGGGCAGUUGCAGUGUUUCAAGAAGAAAGAAAGAAAGUUUUGUGGAGUAAAGAGUCCCAAUGACAGAACUAUCUGCAAACGUACAUUUCCAGCAUGGGCAGCUGACAGAAAACUUUCCUGACAACCACCUGAGCAAUACCAAUGACAACACUGAAAGACGGCGCCAUGAGAACAGGGAUCGUCCUGAUUCAGAGUCAAAUGGGCAGCCACAAAACAGCACUCGGCCAGUGGUGGAGCAAGAUGACGAGGAGGAAGAGCUGACACUGAAAUACGGGGCAAAGCAUGUGAUUAUGCUCUUUGUGCCUGUCACACUUUGUAUGGUGGUAGUUGUUGCAACCAUCAAGUCUGUCAGCUUUUAUACACGCAAGGAUGGACAGCUCAUCUACACUCCAUUCACAGAAGAAACGGAAACAGUUGGACAGAGAGCUCUGAAUUCUAUUCUGAAUGCUGCUAUCAUGAUCAGUGUCAUAAUUGUCAUGACCAUUCUCCUUGUUGUGCUUUAUAAAUACAGGUGCUAUAAGGUGAUCCAUGGAUGGCUCAUCGUUUCUUCGCUUUUUCUGCUUUUCUUUUUUUCAUUCAUUUACUUAGGGGAGGUUUUUAAGACCUACAAUCUUGCCAUGGACUACAUUACCCUCGCUCUCACGAUCUGGAACUUUGGUGUAGUAGGAAUGAUCUGCAUUCACUGGAAAGGUCCCCUCCGGCUCCAGCAAGCCUAUCUCAUUAUGAUAAGUGCUCUAAUGGCUCUGGUCUUCAUCAAAUAUCUUCCUGAAUGGACUGCCUGGCUCAUCUUGGCAGUAAUUUCAGUGUACGAUCUGAUUGCAGUCUUGAGUCCUAAAGGACCUCUUCGUAUGCUGGUUGAAACAGCUCAGGAAAGAAAUGAAACGUUGUUCCCAGCACUCAUUUACUCAUCAACAAUGGUAUGGCUGGUGAACAUGGCUGAGGAAGACCCUGAAGCCCAAAAAACAGCUCCCAAAAGAUCCACGUAUGAUAAACAAGUCACAGGAAAUCAGACCCAAAGUGAAAGUGCAGAGGCUGAUGACGGAGGAUUCAGUCAAGAAUGGGAACAACAAAGAGAUAAUAGAAUAGGACCUCAGGAAUCAAGCCCUGAAAUACGAGCUCAUAUUCAGGCUCUCCCCAGUAAUUCCCCAACAACUGAAGAUCUAGAGGAGAGGGGAGUGAAGCUUGGCUUAGGAGACUUCAUUUUCUACAGUGUUCUAGUUGGCAAAGCCUCAGCAACUGCCAGUGGAGACUGGAACACAACUUUAGCUUGUUUUGUAGCCAUUUUAAUUGGCUUGUGCCUUACUCUCUUGCUGCUUGCCAUUUUCAAAAAGGCCUUACCAGCUCUUCCAAUCUCUAUAACCUUUGGGCUCGUUUUCUAUUUUGCCACAGAUAACUUGGUGCAACCCUUUAUGGACCAGCUAGCAUUCCAUCAGUUUUAUAUCUAGCACACUUUAAGUUGAAAUCCAUGGACAUUUGUAUUAACUGUAGCAAAUGUUGACAGGUAGAAUUAUUUCUACUUGUUUGUUAAAGCAGCUGCCAUACUGGGCUCCACUGGAUUCUUCACUGUAAAAUUGGUCUCAACGAAUGUGGUAUGGAACAUUAAGUCUUCAGUGUUCUGAGCUAUAAAUCUUUGUAAGGACCGUAUGUACUAAAGAUGCCUAUGCUUCCACCAGCAAGAUAAUUACUCAGCACAGAGGUUUCACCCCACCCCUCCAGAAUGCUGAGAAUUGCUCUACAAAGGACAGGUAAAUCAAACUAGGCUGUCUGAACCACCUGAGGAGUUGGCCUGGCUUCAGCUGUGACCAGUACUUUCAUCCUGAUCCAGUUACGGGUUACCUGGAGAGCAGUGCUUAAACUGUGAUUAGAAGAUUUUUGUCUCACUUAAAGAAAAAAAUCAUGCAAGUUAUUCUCUGUGCCUGUGUGGUUACAUCUUAGAUUCUAAGUUUCACUCUGCAAGUCUGUAGCCUUCUUCAACACAGAACACGCAGUCUCUAUUUUUGCUGCCAAAUGGUUCUUGAGUUCAGUUUGAGACAGAUUAGUUAUAUGAUCAGAAUUUGGAUCCUUGGAUCCAAAAGAUUUUAAAAUCUUACAUGUAUUUGUAUAACCUGUUCCUAGAUUUCUUUCAUCCUGCUCCCCCACCCCAAAUGUCCUAUAUACUGAACACUCAGUGUUAUAUUUCAUCACAGUAAGCGCCGUAAUUUAUUUGCAUAUUGAGUGGUAAAACAAGAGAUACUUUUAAAAGCUACAGAAGAACAAUUGGACCACAACAACAAAAAACAUGUUUCUAGUUGUUGUUUUGUAACCAAGUGACGAAUACGUGAAUUUCACCUUAUUCUCUUUUGCUCUAAAACUUAUAAUUCUGUAGUAUUUCUUGAGAUCAUUGUAUAAAAUGGAAUGUGUUGUACUGAGGAAACAAAGGAAAUAAGAGAAAAUUUCAUAUUGUCUAGUACAAUUGCCAGAAGAAGUGAAGACAUACUUAUCCUGGAUGCUUUUUUACCUUUAUGUUCUACCGGAGGAUCAGUCUUCAUCCCUAUAUACCAACUACAUUAAAUGUCUGUCUCUCAAAUAAUUUUUAUUUUAAGACCUAGGGCUGAUUCCCACAUUGUGUUAAAUUCCCACACUGGACUGCCUUGACAUAAUCUUUGGCACACUCACACCAAUAACACUACAUUUCGGCUGGUCAUCUGUGUAGAUUUUUCAGGCAAGAUCUGUGAACAGAAUACUAAGUUUAUGUCUGGCCCUGCUCAUAAGAGCAUUCCGUUAAAAAAUCAUGAGGAUAACCAAUUCUGAAGUAACCUUUUUUUCUUCUGCUUUGGGAAUCAUUCCAGAAAUACUUCCAUGGACAAGCACAUUAUGUCACAAAAGGGCCUAAACCUUUCAUGCAUUCUUGUAAAACCAUGUUUUGUGUUCAGUAAGGGCUCUGUUGUGUAUGUUUGACUGAUUCAUCUUGAGUGCUUUUGAAUGCCAGCUGCGCUACGCCUGCCACCCAGAGAUUAUUUACAGUAGAAAAAAGAUGUACUUGCCCAACUAGCCUUAUGGCAAUAAAUGGCUGACAGUUGCUUACUGAAUUCAAUUUAGAUAAGGAUUAAUAAAAUGAAAAAACAAAUCUUGCCUCUUGUCUGACAUAAGCCAGAACUAGCUUUAUAAACAAUACUUACUGUUCACAAGGAAUAGGAUUUGAAAUGAACUCUUGACUGUCAGGAGUAAGCUAUUGAUAUUUUGUUCGUAUUGUUCCUCAUAAUCUGUAUUCGUCUUGGAGAGAGGGGGAGAAAAUCCUUUUUUGUCAAAUGCACAACCAAUAGAAAAAUAUUUGUCAAGUCAAAACUCAGUCAGCAGAGUUGCUAGUAUAGAGGGAGCAUUUAUUUGUUUGUAUGUGAAGUGUUAAUCUGAAGAAAUCUACUUCAAUACAGGUUCUUACAAAAGUGUUUAGAUUUGAUACAGGUACUAGUCUUCCACUACCAAGAAUUGGUUGCACCAAGUUUCACAGUCCUAGGUCUGUAACGGUUGACCUGUAUCUAGGUUGUACCAGUUCAGGUUGCAGCAUUGGGCUUGUAUUACUGAAUGUAUUUUAAAAGGGAGAGAGAAGAAAUCUCUGCCCACAGAAAACUUGGCAAGAACUUUUCUCCUGAAACUAGUUUCCUUGGUAGAGGGAAUAUUUUGUAUAAAAAAGUGUUCAGUCAUAUGAGCUCCCAUCUGCAGUCUAAAGUAGGGUACAGCCUCGACAGAGUUGCUGUCACACAAGAUUUUAGUGGAGAUUUCUGUAGAGCCAAAAUUGCUCAGUUAUGUGCCUAUGUUUUAUCCAGCCCUUAAGUAAGGAGAGUGACGAUGGAAAGUUAAUUUCAUCCAAUACAUUUAAUGUUGUGAAGUUUAAAUAAAGUACUGGCUAUAUUAUUGGAUCUUUAAGAUACACCCAGAAAGCAGAAGAAACAGAACAUGAAAUGGAAACACCAUUUUUGUUAUGUUUGAUGAUAGAAGACUGACUGCAUUCCAAUACCAGAUACUUAAAGACAGCACUAAAAAGUUAGUGGACUCAAUGAUAAGAUGCCUGAAGUGCUUGUGUGUUAUGCUUCUAUACCCUUUGAAAAGGAGCAUGCCAAUAAUUAGGUGUAUGGACAAGUACACAUUUCCUAUUCCAGUAAGCCUAUCAGAUUUGAGUGAAGGGUUGCCUAACAUUGUGGAUGUUCUUCAAGGUUAUAUUGAUAGAUUCUCUAACCUUCAGAUCUGAAUAGAGACUGUUCAGUAGCAAAAAUGCUCACAAACCAAAGCAUUGAAUAUUGGUUUUUCAUCUCCUUUUUUGUAUAUUGGGAUUUAUUCCAGACAGAUACCAGAAGUGACACCUGUUAUCAACUGUACAGUAAAAAUUGAGAAUGAGGCAUGUCUGAAUUAUAGUACCACUUAACAGCACAAACUACUAACCCGGUACAGUCCAUUGUAAUCCUGAUUAUCAAACCUUUCUAAGGGCUGUAGUGAGCUGAAAAUAGUUGAACCUUCUUCAAAUACAGGGCAUUAAAGUCUGGAAGUAUUUGGUUUACAAGAUCUGAAGUCCACAUUUUACGAAGAAAGAUAGUAUGAAAUAAGAUCCUACUUGCAUGUCUCAGCUGAAAUUUCAUCCCCAUAUAUUACAAUUGCUUUGUUAUUGAUGUAGCAAGAGAAACAAAUAUUGUUGUACAAUAGAGGGUAAUAUUGGGGUGGAUGAAGAAAAUAUCUUUAAUGCUUAUUGGUAAAUUAUUUUGGCAGCUACAUGUAAAGACCAUUAUUGAGAAAUCUACAGUACUUUAUUUGUACAGUAGCAUGAUCUUGUUUCACAAUAUUGGCCUGCCAGUGGGAAUACUGGAAUAUGGACUAGAAUUGGAUUCUUUUACACUCUAGUAUACAUGUGUUUUUACAGACUUUGGUUUGUACAUUAUCUGAACUCAAUGUGAAUAAGCCUUUUUAAAACACCUUUCCAAUUAAGAUAUAAUUUUGAUAGGUUAUUGCAA